AUGCCAAGCAAAUACUACGACCCAGAUGCCACCAGCUCUGAUAACAGUUCUCGCGCUUCUGGUUACAAUGACAGCGCACCAGUGAUACUUGGACGCAAAGCACAAUACCUGGGCAUGGUACCUGGUGGACAAGGAGGAUAUGGACAAGGUGCACCUGUUGACGAGGACGGGAAUUACUUUUACAGUCAAAUCUAUCCAGAGUAUCAGCGGAGACCUUCCCCAGGACUUGAUCCUCAGGCUCAAGACUCACUGGCGCUGGAGACACUUGACCCUGAAUCUGUCGAGUCACCACCGGCAGUCGCACAGUCGUGUGGGGUUGGAGGUGAUAAAGGAGAGAUGCUGAAUGCUCUAGAGUCAUCAGCAAGUACUAGUAUGAGACUCGGCAAAGGCUUGCCUGUUGUUGAAGGUGACGACUCAGAAAAAUCUGAGCACCAGGAUGCAAAUGCAGUUAAUGCCAAUCCACCAAGCCUGAAAUGUAGGAUCCUGUCGGACAAUAGUUCACAUGACUCUACUAGUACCUCUGAUAGUGAGCCUGAGCUGCAACACCGUCGAUUUGCUAGCGACAUCACAAACUCCCAAGCAGCAAAGCCACCUACUCCCAAGAAGCGACGGGUUUCUGUGCAUAAUGAAGCUGCGGAGCCCCCAGUUGGUAGUAACAACGCAGUGGAUAAAGCGAGUUUGGGAAAAGAGAUUGUGGGGGUGCUUCAAGCGCAGACUGCUGUGCUCGCAUGUGUUCUUGACAUCAUAUCCCAGUGA